UCUCGUCACGGCUGCGUCUCACGCAUCGGCGAGAUAACGUCCUCCCGUUCUAUCGUAAAACGAAAAAACUAUGAAACAUCGAACUAUGAAACAUCGAUUAACGAACGACAAAUGAUAGAAUGAUAGAUCGUGGUCGAUAGCGCAUGAUUGUACGCGUGUCAUCUCGCCUGUGCUAAAGUCGACGUCAAACUGAAUUGUAUCAAUGUACCUUCGAUCGCGCUGUUUUUAAAAGGAAAGCGGACUUUCGUGUUUAUUCAUUACCGGCGGUGCCGGAAGGAUAUUUUUUUAAAUCAGCGGAAAGAGUUUUCUCGAUAGCGAUAAAUAAAUAAAUAUAUGUAAGAUUAAUUGGGGCAAUGGGUACAACACCGAGUCGCUAUGAAGAUCUCUCCAAGAAUAUGCAUCUGGAAAGGUUCUGUGGGAAACAAAGUAUACCCACGGAUGAUCCGUUCUGGAGUACAUUUCUAUCAUAUAACGUACGACCACCCAUUACUAGGAAUGAUCAGAUAGAAUUAGAUUCUCGGUUAGACGCUUCGUGCCAACAGUUGCUCGUUAAUAAUUUAGCUACUGGCAACUUUGGUACUCUGAUACAGAUAGCUCUGAUACGUAUUAACGAGCUAUUAGGACCUAUACAGAAUCAAAAUAUAAUAUCAGCAUGGCAAACAUACAACGCAUUGUUUGCCGUAAGAUGUAUUUUAAAGUACCUCAUCGAAACUGUUGGUGAAGAACAAAUGCUGAACCACAUUGAAGCACCACAAACAGCAAGCGAAGCACUCUCUACUUUUAGAUUGGCAUAUUUUAUUGAAGCACUGAUAGAACUUAUUACAGAUCUACCUUUAUGCGAAUUUACAUAUGUCGUUCACUUGGAAGCAAUAAAUUGUUUGCUCGUGCUGCUCUCAGUGCAAUUAUUUUCUCAAACUGCAGCCGAAUACAGUACAGUAUACAGGAUAGCGAUGCACCCACAUCUAAGCCAGCAUGCGCCUGCUGUAGUGUGUACAUUGUUACAUAAUUUUAUUCAACAGGAACACGCUCCUCCGGGAUUACUAACGCAGCAAUCCGGGGGUAGUAUUGUAUUCAGUAUUGCUGCCGGAUUGUGGAACGUAAUAAAAAUGGGCAUAGGUAGUGGUUCAAAGAAUGUGCAGAUUUCGCACAAUGGCACCGCCGAGGAUGAAGAGAAAAAACGCGAUACGGAAACUCCGCUCGCUAGUCAAUCUCUAUUACUUUUACUGGUUCUGACGAAUCAUUGCACUGCUACGCAGAAUCCAUAUAGAAAUGCGCUUUUUUCAUUUAUAGAUAUGCAAGAAGAUUACGGUGCGUCACAAGCGAAAGCCGAUAUCUUCAAGUUUAAUUUAAAUAAAUUAUAUAGCACCAUUUGUAAAAUACCAAAUACAGAUGAAGUCACGCUUCUACUCUACAUGUUGUUGCAUAGAAAUUCGAGUGUGAAACAAGAUAUAAUGAGAAGGCCUGACAUACAAUUACUGGUAACUCCGAUAUUACAAAUAUUAUAUUAUGCGCCAAACAACACAUCCCAUCAUAUUUAUAUGUCUCUUAUUAUCUUGCUGAUUUUAAGUGAAGAUGAAACAUUUAACAAGCGAAUACACGAAAUAAUGCUUAAAGGUGUAACAUGGUACACCGAGAGAUCCAUAAGCGAAAUAUCGUUAGGCGGUCUUUUAAUCCUUGUUGUGAUUCGCACGAUACAAUAUAAUAUGUUUAAAAUGAGAGAUAAAUAUCUUCACACAAAUUGUCUAGCAGCUUUGGCGAAUAUGUCUGCCCAAUUCACAUCUUUACAUCCUUAUGUUAGUCAGAGACUGUUAAGUCUAUUUGAAACUCUUGCAAAAAAACAUGCACGGUUAGAAGCAAAAAUUCAAGCGCAAACAAUUGUUACUCCUGAUAAAAAUAAUGUUAAUAAUACUAAGAUUAAUACGACUGUUAAUGUAAAAGUUAGUAAAACUGGAAAAGUUUCUAAUGUUUCAACGACUUCCACUGAAACAGAUGAAAAUAUGAUUCAAGAUUUAACUAUACUUGAGGAGGUUUUACGAAUGGUGUUAGAAAUUAUAAAUAGUUGUUUAACUCAUAGAUUAACACAUAAUCCAAAUUUAAUUUAUACUCUUCUAUAUAAAAAGGAUGUCUUUCAGCCAUUUAGAACACAUUCUGCUUUCCAAGAUAUUAUACAAAAUAUUGAUUCUGUGAUUAACUUUUUCUCUUAUAAACUGGAACAAAAAGAUCAAUCACAAUUAGGUGUUAGUCAAGUAUUAGCCACUAUACAACAAGGAACUUCAGAAUGGCCAAAAGAUCGCUUAAGGAAAUUUCCAGAAUUGAAGUUUAAAUAUGUGGAAGAAGAACAACCAGAGGAAUUCUUUAUUCCGUAUGUAUGGAGCAUUGUAUGUCAAGGAGCAUUGUUACAUUGGAACGCGGAAAAUAUAAAAUUGUUUUCCCCUAACAAUGGCGAACCAACAAUCAUUGUUUGCUGAUAUUGAGAUGAGAGAUGCAUCAUGCUAUAAACAUUUAAAGCGAUAAUAUAGGAUAAUAUAUAAAACUAUAAGUUUGUAAUAGAAAUUGUCAAAACCAAAAGUAUAAAUAUUUUUUUUUCAAUAACUGAAAAUAAAAAUUUUAAAAAUUGAAAGAAAAAUAAGAGUAUGCAACAAAGAGAGCAUAAUAUAUCGACGAAAAGUAUUACACAAUGAAGUACAUCUUGUAUAAUCAUUUUAAUAUUUACUAUAAAAAUAAAAUAUGUAAAUGUAAAAAUUUAAGUUAAAUUCUUUCAUUUUGUUACAUUUUGAGUGAAAUAAGAGAAGGGAUGUAAAAAAUUUAUAAUGAAUAUUUUAUAUUCUUAAAAAUCAGAUUUUGUAACUUUUCUGUAGUUCUGUGUUAUGAUUAUAUAUAAACGAUAUAUAAUAUAUAAUGAUAUAUACUAUGUCAAGAUGAGUGUACAGUUAUUGCAUCUCGAUGGAAUUAGUUAAAGCUAUUAUAUUUUGUAUUACAAACAUGUUAUUAUAGGGGAUAAUGUAAUUUUAUAUUAGAAAUAUCUAUUAAUAUGCAUGAAAAGUUACAAUCUUCACAAAGUAAUUUCUUCUAUAAAAUAAUUUACUUCACAGACAUCGACGUUAUUUCAAAAUUGAUUUUCUUGUAAUCUUAGAAUAUAUUAUAUAUCUAUACCGUUCCACAAUAUUUUUUUUAAAUGUGAAAAUGUAAAAUUUUCGAGACUUCAGUGAAUUAUACAGCCUAAUCAGUA